AGUACGUUUUUUUUAUUUUGACGAGUGAAGUUGACAUUUGACAGUUUGGUUUGAUCGCUGUGGCAACAAGGUUCGUGAGUCGAUAGAAGUGAAUCGUAAAGUCGAUUUUUGUUCUAAUUUGGGAUUUUAUACAUCGUUUAUUUCAUACAAACCCCCCUCAGUUAAAUGGUGUUCUCCUGACAGGACAUACCUGCUUCGGCCUUUCUUAAGGAAUCGAAGGAGCAGUCUCUACGUAGCAAACCGUCGCCAUCGAAGGCCCGAUAUCGACAGCGAACCAUCCCAGAUCGUACCAGAGGAACCAUCGCCGGACGCCAUGGAGCGCGAAUCGAAUCCCAUGCAGGCCCUGUGCCGGUCCGGGUGCGGUUUCUACGGCAGUCCCGCCACCGACGGGCUGUGUUCCCUCUGCUUUAAAGAAAAUUUGAAAAAGAAGCAACAACUUCCCAGCACGCCGACGAGCCUCAGCGCUUUGAGGGAUACAGCCACAGCACAACCUACCAUUAGUCAUAUUACAUCAUCUAUUUCCGAUCUUCCUACGGACGUGUCUGAAGAAUGUUCGAAUACCGCGGGAACGCAGGCGGCGGGAAACGCGACCGCCGCCGAAACGAUCGCGGCCGAAGCGGCGGCGGCCGUGUCUAAUUCGGAGGGGGACGCCAGCGGCGACGACAAGGACGAUAAGGACGUUAAAAAGAAGAAGAAUCGAUGCGCCACCUGUCGCAAGAAGGUCGGAUUAACAGGUUUUGAGUGUCGCUGUGGAGGUUUGUUUUGUGCCAUCCAUCGAUACAGCGAUAAGCACGACUGCAGCUUUAAUUACCGGGAGAUGGGCGCCCAAGAAAUUCGACGCAACAACCCCGUUGUGGUAGGCGAGAAGAUUCAGAAGAUCUGAGCCCCGCCGCAACGUUAAAAACGCAAAAAAAAUAUAUAGAGAAGGGCGUGUGCCAUGCGUUCCCCUCCCCCAGUGAUCAAUAGACGCUUUUUUUGUUCUCUACGGAAAAUUUGAUUAACUCGGUCGGGACGCGAUUAGUGCAAAACACACAAAAACAAAAAAAAAGACUCAAGUGAUUUAUUAUACGGUACUUUUAUUUACAAUUUUGCCACUCAAUUUCGUCUUUUAGUUUUAUUUCCAUUUAAUAAAUCUAGAUAUAUCUAUAUAUAUUACAUGUCAUUUUAGCUUCUUUGUUGAUUGUAUAUAAAUAUUACUGGAGGGAUCUGUUGGGAUGUUUGGAGAAUUGUUGGUUUCGUUUUGGUUGACCCGAUCUUGAUGAAAAAAGAUUAAAGUUUGCUGGAGCACGCAGCGGAGUAGUGUAGAUAAAUUGCCGGAAAGCAAAUAAAUUGCUGUUUCUGCGUAUGUCUUAAUUAAAAAGAAGCAGAUUUUAUUUGCGAAUUGUUCUUUGUUCCUUGUAAUGAUCGUUUUCGGAGGACUGCGUGCGAAUUUAUUUUUGUUUUUUUUUAAUUUUUCGGUUUAUUAAAGCUAAAACUUGUAUUGGUCAUCAACUAAGAAUUUAAAACAAGAUAUAUAUAUUUAUAAUUGAAAUAGUUCAGCUAGUCCUGUUUUUGAAAAAGCUUAUGGAUAAUUUUUCAUAAGUAUUUGUUAUGAACGAAUGAAUGACUUAUACUUUUGGUAUCGAUUUUUUUUGUUUGUAGACCUAAUGAAUUUGUACAUAGAGUUUAAUAAAUUAUUUUUUAAAACAUUGUAAUUGUCUGUUCUUUAACCCGGAUUCAGAACUGUAUUAUUUGAAUAUUUAUCAGAAAAUAUCCAUAGCUUUUAUUUUAAAUAAACUAAUUACGUCUUAUGAACUUUAAUUUAGGAUUAUUGUAUGUAUAUUAUGAUUUAGCGAUGUUACUGUGAAUGAAUUUCAAAUAGACAAACAACAAUAUUGAGUAGGCCUGCGUAUUUGCGGUGAAACCGAAACGAAAUCAUAAAAAAAUGGACUUUCCUGGAUCCGUACGAAUUAACUGGCAGGGCAUCAAACAAAGCCGCGCUCCUUUUACAAGCGAAUUGUAGGAUGUCCUGUACAACAGACUUUAUUUAUCUUCAGUAUAGGGACGUUAUAGCGCCCUGUCGGCUUCUGCAAUUCUAAUCCAAUUUUUAAUGUAGAAGUUUUGUUUUAUUAUUGUGUCCCAUCCGACCGGGGGAUGGUCAAAAUGCAGGCGGUUUCGAUCAAGUUUUCUUUCAUUCUGGGACAUCCUGUAAUCGAAACCGAUUCCGUUCGUUGACUGAGCAUUUGACCAUCCCCGGACGCGGGGAUUGUUUAAAGGAACCAGGUUAAAAUUUAGUUUUUUCGAGCAAGUUUAUUUUAUUGUGCAAAUAUAGGCAAAGCCUCUUGAGGAGUUGGUAUUGCAGGUAAAGCGGGUCGGUGGUAGGUGGAAUUUUGAGCUACUGGAAAAUUUAUCAAUCGCAAGUAGUUUACGGAGUUUUUGCAUGAAAUAACAGACAUUGAAGGUUGCUGCUCAAUUUUGCUACAUUUAGAAUAAUUCAAGUUUUAUUUUUGUAUACACUGCUAACGAAUCGCCGCACUGGUUAGAUGAAAGUCGAAGUAAUUAGAAGAGAAAUAGAUUUGUUUUAGAGGCUAUUCGAUAUUUUCUUUUGGUCGAAUAUGUGCUGGUCACAAUCAUUUUUGUAGUGGGCAACAAUUUCAAUAUAUUCAAUUUAAUUUACUUUUGCCCCUAAUUAUACUAAAGACAAUAAAAGUGAUUUUACCAAUAUACCUUGGGAAAACUCUGUAAAUUAUGCUUUAAUUAACGUAAUUUUUUAAACCAUUUUAAUAAACCUGCCGCGCAUUUCAAAUUCGAUUAAAUAUUGACCGUACUACCGUUGUUUGAUGACUAUAAUAAUUAUUAUUUCACAUAUCACUGUACCAAAUUGUCUUUUUGAAUGACGAGUUUAAUAAAAUGUUGUAUUUUUGAAUUUCA